CUGAGCCCCACCGACCCCCCCGUCGCCGACUGCGAAGGCGAUUCCAAGGCCAUCGCGAAGACUCUACGAUUCCUAGUCGAAGAUGAAGGCAAAGCUAUAGUCAUCGUGAUGCAUUCCUACGCAGGAAUGCCCGGAGCUACUGCAGCCCCGGGGUUAUCCAAGUCACAGCGGUCGCAACAAGGCAAACCCGGCGGUAUUGUCGGUUUGAUCUUCAUCGGUGCCUUUAUAGUUCCCGAAGGAUUGAGCUGUGCGGGAUUGCAAGGCGGGAAUCUUCCUCCAUGGAUUUUGCUUGACAAGCCUUCGCGUGAUGUAAACAUCCCCGAAGAUCCGAUCGGUAAUUUCGCCGGGGAUGUCGACUCGGAUUUGGCAAAGGACCUCGCACCACACCCUGCGUGGGCUGAUGCCGAAUUCAAGGGUCGAUUGGCUUUUAUUGUGAUUACGAAAGAUCGAGCGGUGCUGAAGGACACGCAAUAUGGCAUGAUGGCCGCGACUCAGCAGGAGUGGAUUGUCAAGGAGAUAGCGUGCAGUCAUUGUGGGCCUUUUUUGAACAGGGUUGACGAGACAGUUGCGGUGUUACAGGAUAUUAUCAGCCGAUUUUCGGCGUCGAGAUAG